AUGCCGUUGACACCUGAGCAAGUCACCGUGAUCAAGGCCACUGUGCCUGUUCUGCAGGAAUAUGGCAACGCCAUCACCACUGCCUUCUACCGCAACAUGCUGAACGCCCAUCCGGAGCUGCGCACGGUGUUCAACAUGGUCAACCAGACCAACGGCCACCAACAGCGCGCGCUGGCGGGCGCCGUGUUUGCCUACGCCUCGCACAUCGAUGACCUGGGUGCACUGGGCCCGGCCGUCGAGCUGAUCUGCCACAAGCACGCCUCCCUCUACAUCCAGCCCGAACAGUACCAGAUCGUCGGCAAGUUCUUGCUCGAGGCCAUGGCCGAAGUGCUCGGAGACGCCUUGACUCCCGCCAUCCACGAUGCCUGGGCCGCGGCCUACUGGCAGCUGGCUGACAUUAUGAUCGGCCGCGAGAAGCAGCUCUACGACGAGGCCGACGGCUGGACCGACUGGCGCCAGUUCAAGGUCGCCCGCAAGACCCCCGAGUCCGCCGAGAUCACCUCCUUCUAUCUAGAGCCCGUCGACGGCAAGCCGCUGCCCGCCUUCCAGCCCGGCCAGUACAUCUCCGUUCGCGUCCCCGUUCCCGAGCUGGGAUACGUGCAGCCGCGCCAGUACUCGCUCAGCGACCGGCCCGACCCCAGCUACUACCGCAUCAGCGUCAAGAAGGAGGCCGGCCUCGCCUCGGGCGACAAGGCGCACCCGGGUUACGUGUCCAACGUGCUGCACGGCAACGUCAACGAGGGCGACCUCGUCGACGUCUCCCACCCGUACGGUGACUUCUUCCUCAGCAGCAGCGAGGCCGCCACCCCGGUCGUCCUCCUCUCCGCCGGCGUGGGCUUGACUCCGCUGACCUCCAUGCUCAACACCAUCACCGCACAGGGCGCCCCGCACCCAGAGCGCAAGAUUCACUUCAUCCACGGCGCCCAUACCACCGGCGCCCGCGCCUUCUCCCGCCACAUCCUCGGCCUCAACAAGCAGUUCCCCAACCUCAAUGCCACCUUCUUCGUCUCCGCCCCGGCUGCCGACGACCGCCAGGGUGUCGACUACCACCACGUCGGUCGCAUCAACCUGCAGAAGCUCGAUCUCGCCGGCGACCUCUACCUCGACAACCCGGAGACAGAGUACUACGUCUGCGGGCCCACCGCGUUCAUGACCGACAUGAAGACCUCGCUCAGCGCCCAGGGCGUCGCCGAUGCGCGCAUCAAAAUGGAGUUGUUCGGCACGGGAGGCAUCUAG